AUGGGUACUCGAGCUCUACGGAAAUUGCGUGAGCAGGAAUGGGAAAAGCAAUUGGCUGCGACACGCGACCACGACGAGGAGGAGUCGGAGGAAGAUGAGCCUGUUGUCAUAUCCAGACCCAGAAAUGCUUUUGAUAUGCUGAACGCUACCGACGAUGACGAGGAGGACGACAAAGACAUGGAAGAAGAGCAAGAACCUGUCGAACCACCACAAUCACAACCCUCGACAUCAGUAGCGAAAUCGAACAAGAAGAAGAAGAAAACGUCCAAGAAAAAGCCUAAGGAUACAGCCGCAGAUACUCAGCCGGCAGAAUCACAGGAUGCCUCCGAGGACGACAUAGACAAAGCAUUGAAGGAGUUAGCACUCAAGCAGCCUCAAGGACAAGGUGGCGACGAUACUGUACAGGAAGGUCUUUGGGAACGCGAUGCCACUAAGCACCUAGCUAUUGAGCCUAAGAACCUGGAUCCAGUCAAUGAGAUGCGCGGUCUGUUCGGAAAUAUUGCUCUCGAGGACGACUCUCGCUCACGCUCACAGCCUACAAGAAGACGAGAACAAAACUUACAAGGUGGCGUCGAUCUACAGACUGCUUUGACAGGACGAUACAAUCGGACCAGUCAAGGAAAGGAACUGGGAGCUCUUGCUAGGAGACGAAAUUGCUUUAUGGUAGGAAAGGAGGAAUGGCCUCUAGCAACGAGUGGUGGUUUGAGCAUGGAGGCUUUGCCUGUUACCACUUUCGAGAAGCAUUUCAACCUGAUACAUAACCAACAAUACCAGUCUGCCCAGUGGGACUUCAAGUUAGCCGUCGAUUCAAUGCAGGCUGAAGCUAUGAUAGGCAUGCUUCAGAAACACCCGUAUCACGUUGCGAGCUUGCUGCAAGUCUCCGAAAUCGCAAAGCAUCAAGGAGACAAUUCUCUGUCUGGAGAUUUGCUCGAACGAGCUCUUUUCACCCUGGGUCGAUCUGUCCAUUCCUCUUUCCCCGCCGCUAUGCGAGAAGGUGUUGCCAGGCUCGACUUUAACAAGCCUGCUAACCGUGAACUUUACCUGACGAUAUGGCGAUAUAUUCGCAAUCUUGAACAACGAGGUACUUGGAAAACCGCUUACGAAUGGUCCAAAAUACUCCUUCAGCUCAACACGGCUUCGGACCCGUUUGGUGUGACUAUGAUGAUCGAUCAACUCGCUCUUCGUGGUAGACAACACCAACAGUUCCUCGAUAUGACCUCGCCUUCAGCAUAUGGUUCAGCUUGGUCGCACUUACCAAACAUAUGCAUUUCUAAAUCUCUUGCCUUGUUGCGAGCUCAAAACCCUCGCGAAGCACGACAGCAACUUGCCUUGGCGAUGGAGCGCUACCCUUACAUUCUGAACAAGCUUGCAUCGGCUCUCGAGGUUUCACCAAUCCCAAAGUCGUUGUGGAAAGAGAUACCCCGGACUGAUGCUGAAAAACUCUAUACAGAACUCUACGUCACACGCGCGAAAGAUCUCUGGAACACUCCCGAAACCAUAGGACUGAUAUCCGAAGUCGCAAACACCCUACAGUAUUACAAGAUCGACGACCAAGCAUCUGCACCUGCCCUGCAAAUAUCGCUCGAAGAAGCCCGCCACAUAAUGGCCCUCGAAAUACCUUCUCUCAUCGCUUUACUACCUCGACAAUUUACAACGAUGCCCACUUCAGGUGCCGAUAUCCUACCACCACCAAGCAGCGAACAAAGUGACUUCACUAGACGUGCGCCAACAGACGCCCCGCAAGCAGUAGCUGGUGGUCAAGGAUUGGUGGCAUUAUCCAGCGACGUCGUCUCGAGAGCUUUGCGAUGGUUCUUCACCCCGGCCCAAUCAGACAACCGUCAAGAAGCUGAAGGCGCGAGAGAGAAUGACCUAAGAGCCCUCAGAGAACACCUGGGUCCACAAGCUGCCGAGAUCCCCGACCACGUAUUACAGCGGAUGCUAGAGAUCCAGGUAGCCCAGGACUUUGGUGAGCUGGACGACGAGGAGUUGCAGGAAGCAUUUGCUGCUGGAAACAUGGCUGGGGGUUUCGAUUACUAUGACCAACAGCAGGAUGAGGUUUCACAAGGCGGUGACAGUAUGCCGAGCCUGGAAGAUAUCGAAGAAACCACGGAUCAACCUACGCCAGCACCACGUGGUCCAUACGCGACCACUGUCGAUGAAGACAACUCAGACGAUGAAGCUCUACGACCAGCGACUCGAGGUCCUGUCUCCGGUCCUGUGAUAAGAAAUGCUGACUCUGAUGAUGAAGAGCCUCCUCCACCUCCAAGAGCACCAGCUGUUCCUCCACCUCCUGCCACAAUUCAACCGCCUCCUACUUUCGCAGCAGACGAAGACAUAGAAGAUAACCCACAAAGAUUACAAAGAUGGCUGAUAGGAAGCCAAGUCGGAUCCGAACUUGAGUACAUACGUACGGCGGCUGAAGAUAUUACACCGUAA